GGAUACAAAUCCUUUGUUUCUGGUCUGCUCAUAUCCUCUCAUAAGGCGGCGGCGGCGGCUUCUCAUAUUGUUCCUCCGGUGCUCCGUUGAUCUGGCAGCCGUCUUCUCCAACUCCCAUUUUCAAUCUUCUUCUUCUGGGGCAGAUCUAUCUUCCUUUCCAGCUCCCAUCUCGCUUUAACCCAAGAGAGGCGACACGAACCUCUUCAUCCUCCUGCAUCCUAUACUGAAAGUGAAUUAAUUAGUGACAUAUCUUGCUGGACAAUUGGAAUCUUGUGACAUGGAAUCUGAAUCUGUGGUGCACCAAGGUGGUUGCCAUUGCAAAAGAGUGAGAUGGCGUGUUCGAGCACCUAGUAGUGUUGUGGUUUGGAAAUGUGAUUGCUCUAACUGCUCCGUGAGGGGCAACAUUCACUUCAUUGUGCCUUCUGAAAGUUUUGAAGUUUUGGGAGAUUCUAAAGAGUUCCUUACUACAUACACUUUUGGCACUCACACGGCUAAGCACACUUUCUGCAAGGUUUGCGGCAUAACUUCCUUCUAUUUUCCACGAUCAAAUCCAGAUGGGGUUGCAGUAACAGUCAAAUGUGUGGACCCUGGAACACUUACCCAUGUGGAGCUCAGGCAUUAUGAUGGGAAGAACUGGGAAAGCUCCUAUAAUAAAACAGACAUCGCUUCAUUGUCCAAGGUGGUGUCCCAAAAUAAUUCCUCUCAGUAGGAGCUAAUUUACAAUUGUUGGUCAUGGUGUGGUAGACACACUCUUUUGUGUGUCCGUUUUUAUUGUCAUGUUUACUUCUAUCUUUAACGUGAGCAUUAGAACUCUAGCAUGUAUGCAAAGUGUAGACUUUCUGGUUUCCACCAACCAAAAUUAGGGAUGUCAAUUUCCGGCGGGGGAUCCCAGAUGGGGGCAAGAACGGGUUCAUAGAAAUGGAAAAAAUAUACUCCAUUUCUAAACCCCACUUCCAUUAAACCCAAUCUAUUUUCUAUUUGUUCAUUCCUAACUCGACUCCAUGUUCUAUUUGUCAUU